AUGUGUCAAUCACACAUGAAAUCACAGCAACCAGAACCAUUAAUGCAGCACAAAAUACCUGAAGGACCUUGGCAAGUCGUCGCAGUAGACUUGUUUUAUUUUCAUGGAGAUGAAUACCUUGCUGUCGCUGAUUAUUACUCCAAAUUUCCUUUUGUAAAAAAGAUUGGAAAACGAAGCACCAGCAUGGCAGUCAUCAAGAUGACUAAAUCUCUAUUCAGUGAGCAUGGUAUUCCAAACAAAGUUGUAAGCGACAACGGUCCACACUUUAGCAGUACCGAGUUCCGACAAUUUGUGAACAAGUGGGGGAUUGAACAUGUAAUAUCAAGCCCACACUACCCAAGAAGUAAUGGGUUCAUUGAAAGAACCAUACAAACAGUGAAAUGCACACUACAGAAGUCAAAAGACAGUGGCUCAGACCCAUUCCUAGCGCUAUUGCGCUUGAGGACAACACCGAUAGACAAUUACCUUCCACCACCCACAGAAUUACUGUAG